GCAAUGCCUCCGACGUUUUGACCAAACCCAGCCCCCUCUCUCCCCCCACCCUUUCACUUCUCACCUACUAUAAAUGUUAUACACUCUCCAUUUUCCUUUCUUGGUUUCUAGCUCCAAGUUCUCAGCAACCCAGCAGCCCCAAACAACACCAAGAGAUGACUUCUGAGGAGAAUGAUGAAAAACCACAUAAACCAACUCCCAAGUUAAAUGAGAGGAUUCUUUCAUCUUUGUCAAGGAGAUCAGUUGCUGCUCAUCCUUGGCACGAUCUUGAAAUUGGUCCUACAGCUCCACAUAUUUUCAAUGUGGUUGUUGAGAUUACAAAGGGAAGCAAAGUCAAAUACGAACUUGACAAGAAGACAGGAUUAAUUAAGGUUGAUCGGAUUUUGUACUCGUCUGUGGUCUAUCCUCAUAACUAUGGCUUCAUCCCUCGCACCUUGUGUGAAGACAAUGAUCCACUUGAUGUUCUAGUCCUCAUGCAGGAACCUGUCCUUCCUGGUUGCUUUCUGCGAGCAAGAGCCAUUGGAGUGAUGCCUAUGAUUGACCAGGGAGAGAAAGAUGAUAAGAUCAUUGCAGUCUGUGCUGACGAUCCAGAGUAUACGCAUUAUACUGAACUCAAUGACCUACCCCCUCACCGCCUUUCUGAAAUCCGUCGCUUCUUUGAAGACUACAAGAAAAAUGAGAACAAAGAGGUUGCAGUUAACGCCUUUUUGCCUGCCACAUCCGCUCUUGAAGCUAUCCAGUACUCCAUGGAUCUUUAUGCUGAGUACAUACUGCACACCUUAAGGCGGUAAACAUUCCUAUACAGGCUACAUUCCACCAAUUACAAUAAGUCAUUUUGUCGAUGGCAGAGGAAGAUCUCAAGCAGAAUUUCCCUAAUUUUACAUUUUGUACCUUGGAUUAUUAUUGGUUCUUGUUUGGUUGAUCAAUUAAGCGAAAGGAAAUUAUAGAAACUGUUUGUUUACAUCAUAUUUUUUUUAGGAAGACAAUAUAUGCUUAAAUUGGGUAUUCCAUUCUCA